CGGUUCACACACGAGCUCACCGCGUUGCACAGUUGUCACUCUCUGUUCAGCUGUGAAUCUUAUGCGCGGCGCCGCGCAGAGCUGAUGCGCUCGAGACCCCCUCAGGCGGGAGCGCGCUCUGACAGCUGAUGAUGCGCGCGAAUGAGCCGCGGGGUGCGCGCACUGACAGCUGAAGGUUCUCCGCGAUGACGGACACUCCGAUGGCCCAUCAUCAUCAUCAUCGUCUCCAGCAGCAUCCGCAUCCCUGAGCACCGCACGGCAUCUUCCUCAUCCUCCUCCUCCUCCUCAUCCGUCCUCCAUGCAGCGGAGCCGCGCAGCGCCUGUCGCGUGUCUCGCCGUCCGCCCUCGCUCCUCCUCCGCCAUCCUCUGCGGCUGAAGCCGCUCCGUGCUCCGUGUCCAUCACCUGCGUCUCCGUCCUCCCGCGGGAUGCUGUCCUACGCGGGGAUGCUCGCGCUGCUCCUCAUCCACGGGAACAUGAUGCUCCCGUAUGUAUCAUCUCAGAACGCUGGGUUUGUGAAGUCGCCGAUGUCAGAGAUAAAGCUCACCGGAGACGCCUUUGAGCUGUACUGUGACGUGGUGGGUAACCCCGUGCCGGAGAUCCAGUGGUGGUACGCUGAUAUCAACAGGGCGGACUCCUUCAAGCAGCUGUGGGACGGUGCACGCAAGCGGCGGGUGUCCAUCAACACGGCGUACGGAGCCAACGGUGUGAGCGUGCUGGCCAUCUCCCGCCUCACGCUGGAGGACGCCGGGAUCUACGAGUGCAGGGCCAGCAACGACCCGCGCCGAAACGACCUCCGCCAGAACCCGUCCAUCACCUGGAUCCGAACGCAAGCCACUAUAUCCGUGCUGCAGAAGCCGCGGAUCAAUGCUUCCGAUCAGGAGAUUUUACAGCCUAAAAGCGGGCAGGAGCUACCCAUCAUCCUUCAGUGUAACCUCACUAACUCACACAGCACACACUGGGAAACCUUCUGGAUGAAGAACGGACAGGAGAUUCCCAACACCAGGACGGAGCACAAACACACCAAGUUCAAGUUAAGUAAACCGAGGACAGAUGAUUCGGGUGAAUACAUGUGUGUUUACAGCUUUAAGUCGGCUCCCAAUGCCAAUGCUUCCAUUGAGGUCAAAGCUGCUCCUGAAAUCAUCGGCCAUAAACGAAGCGAGAACAAAAAAGAAGGAGAAAAUGCAACGCUGUACUGCAAAUCAGUGGGAUACCCGCAUCCUCUGUGGACGUGGCGCAAGAAACUGGGCCGGGGAUCUUACAUCGACGUUGACAACAGCACCGGACGAUUCUUCGUCAUCAACAAAGAUAAUUUCACAGAGCUGAGUAUCACGGGUCUGGACAUCCGCACAGAUCCGGGCGAGUACGUCUGCAACGCCUCAAACAUCAUCGGCUCCAAAGAGUCCGUGACCAUCCUGCGGGUGAGGAGUCACCUCGCCCCGCUCUGGCCUUUCCUGGGCGUCCUGGCCGAGAUCAUCAUCCUCGUGGUCAUCAUUGUGGUUUACGAGAAGCGCAAGAGGCCUGACGAGGUUCAAGAUGAUGAUGAACCAGUUGCAUCGACAAAAACGAACUCUACAAACAACCACAAAGACAAAAACAUACGACAGCGGAACGCCAACUGAGUCCACGGACCGACGGAGAAGAAGCGGAAGGUUUAUAAUCCAGUGUGGAGUUACAAACAGCAUGCGAACGCUUCCUUUAGUCGACUAAUGCAUCCCUUCCCCUGUUUCCAGACGACUGACUGCAUAUCCGGACCACACCGAGAAGAAACAACAAGAACCACAGCAUUACCCCAACAAUAAAGACUCUUACGUUUGCCUUAUUCAGGCUCAUGAUGUGUGACCCAAUCAUUCUGAAGGUGAAGAUGAUGAUGAUUUUAUCACAUGUGCUGUCAACGUUGCAUUUGGUUGUUUUAUCAUGCCCUCCUGCUGCACUGAUUCUUUUUCAUAUCUACAUCUUGUCUCGAAUGCAUGCAAUAACAUAAUCGAAUACGAGUCAGAAUAUCGUUUUCUAUUGUUACUUUGAGUGACGUUGCAUCCAGAUGAAUAGCUAGUGUGUGUGUGUGUGUGUGUGUGUGUGUGCGCGCGUUUUUAAAGAAAUUCAAAUGGAUAAAAAAAACUAAGUGAGGAAUCCUCGAGAUCUUUGUACAGUUUAUCAUCCAAUAAAACGAUACUAAAAGAAGGUUUUUGUCUUAAACUAGAAUGCAAGAAUCUUUGUGCGCGGCAGAACAGUAUUUAAUCUUAAAGCUGAUAUUGUAUUACAUUUGUUUUCUGGAGUUAUUUAGACGUCUUGUACAUGUGGUGCUGUAAGUGUUCAAAUAUUAACAUAGCAUCUGUAAAAAGGAAAAGAAUAUAUCUUUUUUUUUUUUGUAAAUGGUGUUUCUUUUUAGAGAAGAGAUGGUUCUUGUACAGCAUGGCUAUAAUCCUAUGCAAUAUGUAUUCAUAUAGAUCUACUGAUAAUUGUACGGUGGGGUGGGUUUGUUUAAUUUCGGAGAAUCUAAAGCUUUAAUGGGAUAAGGGUGCGUCGCAUCUGAAAUGCACUGCAUGACAACUCCUGAUCAAUACAGUGUGUCACCAUGACAACGGACCAACAUAACGGGAGGAAGUGGGUGGAGCUAAAGCCAUUACAAACUAUUAUGUGAAACCAACUGUUUCCUUUUUCAAAAUAAAGGUUCCAAAAUAUG